AUGAAAUCAACAGAUGAUAUUACGAAAGAUUUAAAAAAGUCAACAAUUAAUAAAUCUACGAAAAACUUAGAAGUAAUGAUGCAACUAAUGAAGCAGAACACCAACCCUUUUGCACCAGAACUAUCAGAAGAUCAUCUUUACAAUAUUUCGAAAGGUCAGUCAGUGAACGAUGAAAUAUAUAAAUUUUUAUCAUCAGUUGAAAUCGAGGGUGAAAAACAAAAAAAUUUCAUUGCAGAGACUCGAGUAACACCAGAUAGGUUUGAUAAAGCCAUUACCAAAAAUAAAAUAAUUAAUUUUGAUUAUAAAAAUACGCAAAAAGUAAAAAUUAAUGGAAAAAUGAAAGAAGUUAAGAUGCAAAGAGAUGUUUUUGGUCGUCUACUCUAUGCGUCACUAACAAAUAAAAUUGACAUAGAAAAAGCAUCAAGUUAUUCUCUAGCUCCUAUUCCAUUUUCACUUUGUCAUACGAAUGGAACAAUUUGCAAGACCUUCAAAUCUGUGGUUAUUAAUGAACUAUUAGAAUAUCAAAAUGAAAUAGUAAAUCCUCCAGAGGCACACAUUCACUUAGUUGAUGGAUUUCAUUUAUUACAUACGUUGAAGAACCUUCCCAGCAAAUACGGUAAAAUCUCGAUGCAUACAUUAAAAAUGCUGACAUAUAAUAGAAAAGAAGUACAUAUUAUAUUUGACAACUACAAAAAACCCAGUAUUAAUGAUUUUGGACAUGAUGAUCUGAGAGGUGAAGAGGACACACAGUAUGACGUAAUACGUAAAGACAAUAAUCGUCCUGCUGAUUUCUGCAAAUUAUUGAGGAGCAACAACUUUAAAGAAAAAUUUGUAGAAUUUUUAAUUGAAGAUUGGACAAGGGACGAAUUUAUUACAUUGAUUACAGGAAAGACUAUUAAAUUCAAUUAUGAUCAAUGUUACUCUUACGAGGUGUCUAGUGAAAAUAAAAUAAAAAGAGUCAUUGACUAUAACCUCUCUUGUUAUCAUGAAGAAGCUUCAACCAAAAUUGUAUACCACAUUUGUCAAUUAAAUACUAACUAUCGUGUGGAGAUACAUUGUGCAGAUUCUGAUAUACCAAUAAUAAUGUUGGAAAAUUUUAAGCAUUUAAAAGAUAACAUUGAAAUAAUAAUUAAUUACAGCAUGAGAAAAAAGAGACCAUCUAGUAUUUUAAUGAAAAAUGAAAAUUUUCAAGAAGCUUUUAUUAAACUCCUACGGAUUGAAAAUUCAGCAUUAACAACAUCGAAUGAGGUUCAAUACUUUUUUUUAAUCAGGGAAAUUAUUGAAGAGUAUGUAUGCAGAGUAUAUUCAUUAAAAACAAAAAAUGACAUCAAUAGAGGACGGUAUGAGUUGUUUGAAAAAGGGUAUAAAUCCAAAAAUGAAAGUGAAGAAAUUUUAAAACGAAAAAUCGUAGGAUAUGAUCCUUCCAGUUUGCCACCAACAAAACAAGAAUUAUUGCAACAAAUUAAAAGAACUGUAUUCAUCUGUAAUGUAUGGUGUAAUGCACACAUGCGGUAUCCCAUGGAAAAAUUGCCAGAAAAUUUUGGAUGGACAAUAAUUGAUGGCAAAUAUGAAUAUUAUUGGUUUGAUGGUCCUCAAAGUCCAUCUUUUGAAGAAUUAUCGUCUGACAUGCAAGUUAGUAAUGACAAAAGUGGUCUUGUGGUAUUAACAAUUUCUGAGCGUAGGACCGGGAUAACGUACCACGCAACUUGUAGGACAAUGUGA